AUGAAAGGCGGGUUCUGUGUGUGUGUUCUCCUGGCUGCUCUGUCUGCCUCGUGUUUGGGUCACCCCGACUCGUCAACCCCCCAGGUCCAGGACUCCCCCCUGCCCUCGCGAACGGACGACGGCGAGGAGGCACACAGCCGAACCGCGCGCUCCGCCCCCCGCAAUGCCCCUCUGCAGCCGUACGCCUCGUCUGAGGGGGAGGUGGAGUCACGGGCCAACCUCAGCAAGCUGCUGGCCAAACUCAUCUCCAGGAAAGGUUCUGUGCGGAGAAACUCCAUGAUGAGCGGCAGGGGGAAGAAGGAUGGGGAUUAUGUCGGCUGGAUGGACUUUGGACGGCGAAGCGCUGAGGAGUACGAGUAUUCUUCAUGA